CCUGAGCCUUGGUCCAGAAGCCAAGAUAGAGGCCACCAUGCAGCAUGAGAUCACACGACUCACCUCAGAGAACCUGGACCUGCGAGAGUCCAUCGACAAACAGAGCGACCAGAUCCGUAAGCUGAAGAAGAUGUUGAAGGUUUACGCCAAGAAACUCAAGGACGGGGAGGCGGCCGAGAUAGCGGCGGAACUGGAGCGUGAGGAGGGCGGCGGCGGGGGAGACUCGAUCGCCACAGUGAUCCACCGAGAGAGAGCCUACAUGGGCAUGUUGGAAUACAGGAAGGAGGAUGAGGCCGCGCUGGUGAAAAACUUGAUCCUGGACCUGAAGCCCAAAGCCGCCUCAGGUUUGAUCCCCGGCCUCCCGGCGUACGUGCUGUUUAUGUGUGUGCGACACACGGACUACGUGAACGACGACGACAAGGUCAAGUCUCUGCUCACCUCCACCAUCAACGGCAUCAAGAAAGUGGUCAAGUGUGUAUCACCCCCCAUGUGUGUGUGUGUCCCCCCAGUGCCGGCAAUCCUGGAACACGAGGCCAUCGCGGGUCUGACGGCCAGCAAACCCUCGGGGCUGAGGGGCCGCGCCUCCAGCAACGCCAAAGACCUUGAGGAGGGCCGUGACUCCCAGCAUGCCCUGGACGCCCUCAUGAGGACGCUCAACAGCUACAUGCGGAUCCUGAAGCAGCACGCAGUCGACCCGGAGCUAGUGAAGCAGAUCUUUAGACAGGUACGUACUGGCGCAUACACACUCAUGUACAACCUGUCCCACCUAAAACAGUGGCUACGAGACAACAGCCUGCACGAGUUUGUGUCAUAUAUGUGUCAUGUGUCUUGUGUCCCCAGGUACAACCUGUCCCACCUAGAACAGUGGCUACGAGACAACAGCCUCCAUGAGUACAACCUGUCCCACCUAGAACAGUGGCUACGAGACAACAGCCUCCAUGAGUUUGGGUCGCUGGCCGCGCUAGACCCCGUGGUACAGGCCUCACAGCUGCUGCAGGCACGCAAGACAGACUCCGACGUGGACAGUGUGUGCGACAUGUGCUCCCGGCUGACUACUGCACAGGAUAAAGUAUGGAGCGGCGUGUGA